CUACCCAACAAAUACAUAUUGCCGAUUCAUUCCCCAACCACUCUCACUUUCUCUCUCUCUAAAUUCAUCUGCAUAUUAUUUCUUCUUCUUCUUCUUCCGUUUCUUCAUCAUCAUCAUCAUCAUCAUCAUCCAAUACUCGAUCUCUUUGAUUAUAUAUAUCUAUUUUGAUUGCUCCAAUAGUCGGCCAGCUGGAUCCUUCACCCGGAUAUUCCACCCCUUAAUCCCAAUUUUAUAAAAGCCUUUUCAGUAUGUAAUCUGUUCUCAUCUUCUACACAACGUUUUUUCUCAAAAAACAAAAAAAAAAAAAGUUUAAAUUAUUAUCCCCUAGCUCGUAUCCAUAUAUAGGAAUUGAAGUGAUUUAGGAGGCUGGAUAUCGUAGAUAUUCGUAUUCCGUAGCUUCACCUUUAUAAAAAUCUACAAAUCAUGUAAAUUCAGCUCCCUCCAUUCAUUCCUAUUCUUACCUUUUUCUUCAUCCUUUAAAAAAAAACAAAAAAAAAAAGAUCAAUAGAUCGAUCGAUCAUCAAUUGUUGAUCAUCGCGCGAAUGGGGGAUUACGAGGCAGGAAUGGGGGCGAUGUCGACGCCGGCGACGCCAGGGACACCAACGCCGCUGAUGCCAUCGUCGCUGAGGGUGGACUCAAUGUCAUACGAUCGGAAGUCAAUGCCUCGGUGCAAGUGCCUGCCAGUUGACGCGCCUACUUGGGGUGCUCCACACACCUGCCUCACCGACUUCGCUGUCCCUGAUAUUUCUCUCACUCGCAAGCUGGGAGCGGAGUUUGUUGGGACAUUCAUACUGAUAUUUGGGGCAACAGCUGCACCAAUUGUGAACCAAAAGUACGCCGGUUCUGAAACCCUAAUAGGGAAUGCAGCAUGCGCCGGUCUGGCCGUCAUGAUAGUGAUAUUGUCUACUGGACACAUCUCCGGGGCCCACCUCAACCCCUCACUCACCAUAGCCUUUGCCGCACUCCGCCACUUCCCUUGGGUUCAAGUUCCAGCCUACAUUGCAGCUCAGGUCUCUGCUUCAAUCUGUGCAUCGUUUGCUCUCAAAGGGGUCUUUCAUCCUUUCAUGUCAGGUGGGGUCACUGUUCCUUCUGUCGGCAAUGGCCAGGCUUUCGCCCUCGAGUUCCUCAUUACCUUUAAUCUCCUCUUCGUUGUAACCGCCGUUGCCACAGACACUCGAGCUGUUGGAGAACUAGCAGGAAUAGCGGUUGGGGCUACAGUCAUGCUUAAUAUUCUUGUGGCUGGGUGACCAACUACGUGUGGGUCUAUGAAUCCAGAGAGAUCUCUUGGACCAUCUGUGUCCUCAGGGAAUUACAAGUCUAUAUGUAUAUAUCUGGUGGCACCCACGCUUGGUGCAAUUGCAGGGGCAGCUAUCUAUACACUCGAACUCCGUGCUGAAGAUGAACCUGAGGCCCGCCCUGUCAGGAGCUUCCGCCGCUAGGCGCAGGUCCACAUAUGGUGGCUAUUAUUGUUAUAAAUUAUAUAUUGCUAAGUGUGUAGUUGUGGUAUGUGGGAAUAAAGGUCAGGGGCGAAGCAGCUGUAUCCCAUUCCGCCCUUUGAUGAUAUUUGUUUGAAUAAAUUAGUGCUUGGACUCAGUUUGUUGUUUUCUUCCAAGCACUUCCAUUACUAUCAAGGAAGAUCAGAGCAUAUAUAUGUAUCCUCCUCCUUGGGUGAUCUUUUGAUCUUGAUCUUGGGGGGAAGAUAAAAAAAGACUCUGAUGAUUUAUGUGUGUGUAAUACGAUAAUGAUAAUGCAGUACUCUUUUAAUAAUGUCAUUAUUUAUUAUGUUGUGUGGUAA